GGGGGUCAAGGCGCCAUGGUUAAUGGCUACUUGAGGCUAGGGAAACUGAUAGAUAAAUAGCACUUCCAUUCUCGACCCAAACUACAAUUAACAGACGAAAAUGGCGGCCACUGCUACAUCUGCAUCAACUUUUCUUCAUCGUCUUCAUGAUGAUACCUCAUUAUCAAGGGGAAUGUAUCGUCGCUCCUCUUCUCUUUCUCUUCUAUCUUCCCCUACAACUUCCUCUAAAUCCGCCCGAAUCCAGUUCUUCCCAAAAGGUUUGGCAAACCCGCUAUUUGUGACGCCGGCAGAGAAGAAGAAAUCAUCUUUUCAAACAGAAGCUGUUCGUCAGUUGACUGGUUCGCUGACAAAGGCCGAGGGUUUUCGUUUUGCUAUCGUUGUUGCGAGGUUUAAUGAAAUUGUCACAAGGCCUUUGAUGGAGGGUGCUUUGGACACAUUCAAGAAAUAUUCAGUGAAGGAAGAAGAUAUUGAUGUUGUGUGGGUCCCUGGUUGUUUUGAGGUCGGUUUGGUUGCUGAAAAGCUUGGAAAGUCAGGGAAAUACCAUGCAAUCUUGUGUAUAGGAGCUGUGAUAAGAGGUGAUACUACCCACUAUGAUGCUGUUGCUAAUUCAGCUGCAUCCGGAGUCCUUUCUGCUGGACUUAAUUCAGGUGUUCCCUGCAUAUUUGGAGUAUUGACAUGUGAAGACAUGGACCAGGCCUUGAAUCGUGCGGGUGGUAAAGCAGGGAACAAGGGGUCUGAGACGGCUUUGACCGCUAUUGAGAUGGCAUCUUUAUUUGUGCAUCAUCUGAAGGAGUGAGUAAUCUUUGUAUGUCAUUUGUUGAAAUCACGCUGCUCAGAGGAAUAUGAUGACUAGCUUUGCAGUUGGUGUUCCAUUUUUUUCCCCUCUUGUUUCUGUUUUUGUGUUAUUUUGAGGAAUAAUCAGUGUUGUGGUUUUGUUGAGUUAAUGACAGAACCAAGUUAAUAAUGGAAAAAAGAAGCCAGAAUUUCACA